AUGUGGUUACGUCUCCUCUUCCCACGUAUGAGGCUUUCUCUGGCUUCUACCACUAUGAAUAUCUUUACUAAUACUACCAAUACUAAUAGUAUUACUACUAAUAGUAGUAUAUCUUCCUCUACUCGCUGGGUACAGACGAUGUCUACAGGCGAUAAAGAUAAACCAUCCUUUACACACAUGACAGAAGAAGAGGCCCAAUUACUCGCACAACUCUCAGAGGCAUUACUGCAGGAUGAAGCCAACGCCCUCGCUGUGUCACUACCAGAGAAUAACUCCGUAGAUAGUAAUUCUAAUAAUAGUAAUAAUAAUAAUAAUAAUAAUAAUAAUAGUGAAGGGGAAUCAUGGAUGACACAACUCUCAUCUCAGGAUUACAUGGAACUUGCCAUGAAUCCAAUAAUUCCCCAGCGAGAAACACCAGAAUUACAAGAUGGUGGUAAUAAUAAUAAUAAAGAAAAAGAAAAUAAUAAUAAUAAUAAUAAUGGUAGUAAUGUUCUUGCUUCUAGUGUUGAGGAGUCCUCCUUAUCUCGGGCGAUGCGUGAUGUACUGCAGUCUAGUCGAUCAGAUGAAAUGUCUGCAGCCCUCGCCGGUGCCGUUUGUGCCUUUCUGACAACUCCGGCAACUUUAGUCAACCGUGCGGCCUCUGAGUUAUUACUAUCGGGAACUGAUGUGAAGGCACUUCUUUCCGAUGGGACACUGCGGGGAUUGUGUAUGGAGGAAAAAUGUUUAAGUCAAUGCGACUUUUCUACAGUUUCUUUUCUUUCAGUAUCUGCGAGAAGUGUGGACUUUUCACGAAGUGUCUUUUACGCUGCGGUAUUUCACGAUUCCGUAUUUGUGAACUGUUCCUUUGAUGGUUGUGUGAUGAAAGAACUCCGCUGUUCAGGCCAUGUACGGUUUGAAGGCUGUUCAUUUAGAUUUGCUCACAUUGUACUGCGGGGAUCUUCAUUAUCCUCACCGGCCACCGCAGGGAAGAAGAGAGAAAAGAGAAGUGGUGUGUUGUUUGAUCGUUGUGAAUUUGAUUUGUGUGAUUUUGAUGGGAGUGAUGCAAUUCCUCAGUCUUGUUUUGUGGAUUGUGUGAAUACAGAUUUGGCGUCCAAGUUUCCUCCCAGAGUGAAUGGCUGUUGA